AUGGACAAAGUAGGAGUGCUUGAAGCCUUUCCGUCCAGCAACGAGAAACAUGCCUCCGGGGAAAUUCGACAUCGACCACAGCGAAGAAAAUGGUGGCAGAUUGGCGGCAAAGACAUCAGCUAUGUUUCGGUCGACGACGGUCUUGAACAGAGGUCGGAAACCUCGUCCGAGCAUGACGGUUCGGGCCUCAUCAAGAACGUCCACAAUGUCUUCGAAGCCCCAGAGGCGGUGAACAUCUACAAGCCGAUCAAAGGAUUUGAAGGCAGUCAUCGUUUCGAUCCGUCAGCCACAUGGACCCCAGAGGAAGAAAAGGUCCUGGUGCGGCGGCUCGAUUGGAUCAUCGCCCUCCCGGCCUGUGUUAUGUUCUUCGCGCUGCAGCUUGAUCGUGGCAACAUGCCCCAGGCUCUUUCUGAUAACAUGUUGGCUGAUCUCCACAUGAACACCAACGACUACAACAAUGGCAUGACCAUAUUCUACUGCUCGUUUCUGUUCGCCGAACUUCCCUCCCAGCUCAUCAGCAAGAAACUCGGUCCCGAUACCUGGAUUCCCAUUCAAAUGGUGGCCUGGAGUGCCGUGGCCGCGUCGCAGGCGGCUCUCACAGGCCGAACCAGCUUCUAUAUCUGCCGUUUCCUGCUGGGGGUGAUCGAAGGCGGAUUCAUCCCCGACACCAUUUUAUAUCUGUCAUACUUUUUCAAGAACGCCGAGCUCCCCAGGCGGCUGUCGUGGUUCUGGACCUCUUACCAAUCUACCCAAGUGGUCGGGGCUUUUCUCGCCUACGGCAUCCUUCACCUGAGAGGCAAGGGCGGGUUGGGGGCAGGUUGGCGCUAUCUCUUCUUGAUCGAAGGCCUUAUCACGGGCUUGAUUGGAAUCUUCACCUGGCUCUACCUCCCGGCGUCACCCACUCAGACCGCUCGGCAUGGCAUCAAAGGCCUCCUACGACCCCGGAACGGAUGGUUCACGGAGAGAGAAGAGGUCAUCAUGGUCACCCGCAUUCUCCGUGACGACCCGAAUAAGUCGACCAUGCACAAUCGUCAAGGUAUCAGCUGGAAACUGUUCAAGGAAGCCCUCAGUGACUAUGACAUGUGGCCCAUCUACAUUAUUGGUCUUUCCUGGACCAUUCCGCCCACGCCGCCGCAAGCCUACAUCACCCUGACAUGUAAGGCCCUGGGCUUCAACACUUUCGAGACCAACUUGUUGACCAUUCCGGCCUACGUGCUGUUCAUCCUGCAGCUGCUCUUCUGGACUUGGGUGUCGGAAAAGAUCAACCAGCGUAUUGUGAUCGGCUUGAUCUCCCAGAUCUGGUGUCUUCCUCUCCUCAUUGCCCUGGUUGCCCUGCCACCUCACUUCCACGGAUCCAACUGGGCGAAAUGGGCUCUUUCCACUCUCCUCGUCGGUUAUCCCUACGCCCAUGCUGUCCUUGUGGCUCUCACCUCGCGGAAUGCCGGGUCAGUCCGGACCAGGACGGUUGGCUCGUCGCUGUACAACAUGGCGGUCCAGGCCUCUAACGUCUUCGCGUCCCAAAUCUACCGAAACGACGACAAGCCGUAUUACUAUACCGGCAACAAGGCUCUACUAGGCAUCGUUGCCUGGAACAUUGUGGCCUUUAUCGCCGCCAAAAUCUACUAUGUCGUGCAAAACAACCGUCGCGACCGAAUCUGGGAGUCGAUGACCCGGGAACAGAGAGUACACUAUUUGGCCACCACCGCCGACCAGGGGAACAAGAGGUUAGACUUUAGAUUUGCUUCGUGA